AUGUACCGAGCGUUUUCUUUCCCAAUGACAGCGGAGCGCAGACGGAAUAAGGAGCGCAUUGAGGCGAGUUUGGCCGAUAUAUGUGAGUUGGAGCUGCUGAAACAGAGCCAGGAAUGCCUAGUGCUCAGCGCCCUCUCCAUCGGGGACUCUGUCCCAGGACGCCCGGCAUGGGGCAACCUCCAGCCGACCCGACCUUCUCCCGACACAGCCAACUGUGCGCUGGAGGACUUGAGUUAUAGGCGCCAGCCGAGCAGUCUACAGUGUAGUCCGUGGGGUCUGAUGGCAUCUCUGGAGCAGCAGGUUGGAGAGCUGAGGGUUAAUACAGCGGAUAACGCAGUGGAGCCCCCGGCUGACGUGGUGGACAAUCGGCCCCGCUCAGGAUUCUAUGAGCUGAGUGAGCGCCUGUCUCCUAUGGGUCUGUCUGAUUCCUCUGGGUUUGGAGAGCUCUCCCCCAGCACUGCCCGAGCCAUCCGCAUGGUCUACGCCAACGACAGGCCCAAAUCAGCCGGGGAAUUCUUUGUGGCCAAUCGGGACAGACGGCCAGAAUCCGGGUCCCGCCCCACAGUCCCCCGCUCGUUCUCAGCCCCCUACCCCUCCCUGGAGGGCAUCGCCGAAGGGGCUAGCGAAGGGGAGGGGGAAGACGAGGCCUGGCCCUGGGACACCAGCGAGGGGCCAGGAGGAGUGCUGGAGCAGGGAGGAGAUACGGUGGAGGGGGAGCCCACAGAGGAGGACUACCGUCAGGCCCAGCGUGUGGAGACUUACAUCCUAGGUUUGAUCCAGCGCCGUGCUCUGCCCCUCCGGCCCUGCAAGCCCCGCACCAGCCUGGGUCUGCACGAGGCCCGAACCGCCAUCACCGUGGCCCGCCAAAGCAGCGUUUGCCGCAAGGAACCCGAUCCUCCGCCAGCCACUGACUCCAUCUCUGACCAUCACCCCCACUCCAAUCCCCACCACGCCACUGCUGCGGUUUCCCCCAGCAGUUACGAGCGUCCCCCUCCACCCUGGGCCUGCCGCAGCCUGGACCAGGAGCCUUAUGCAGUCAUGGCCCUGCUCCCUGACCCCCCUCACCACCACCACCAACACCCCCACCCCCACCCUCACUACCCCCAAUCCAGGCAGCCCCCCCUGGCCAACACCUGCUCUGCCUCCCUGGACUACCCCUGUGGUGAAGCUCCAUCCCAGGACCCUAGCAGCAGCGAGCCUGACUCACCCCAGCACUUCCACAAUGGCUACCCGGCACUGCCCCCAUCGCGCUUGCCUCCCCCGCCUGACGAGCAGUUGGUCAACGCCCAGUAUAUCCCUGCCCAACCCUUCCGGGCCACCACCGCCAGGGCCUCUGCACACUCCCACAAGGGGCCCAAACCCAGCCGGGGCACCUAUUAUCCAGAGAGAGGCUCCCAACAGCAGCCGGCCCCACAGCAGCUGCAGCAGGCCAAGUCUAGAGCCGCUGCCAAGAAGUCCCAGUCAGAGAACAGCCUCAAUGGGCAGAGGGGGGUCCCUGAACGCAAGUACAACACGGUGGAGAGAGACGGGGGAGGUUCAGGGAGCAGCCGCGGGAGCCAGUCCAAGGGGAAGAGGCCCCAGCCGGGCAGUGCCGGCUGCCGCCGCUGGCGCUCCACCCUGGAUCUCAGCCAGGACGAAGCCGAGCAGCCUCCACAGCCAACCCCAAUGCCCCCAGCCGACCAUGGCUCCAGGCGCAUCCGCAAACCCCGGCCCCCACCUUACACCUAUGUCAACCCCCUGCCCAAUCAUCAUCCCCACCACCCCAAUCUGGAGUACCUGGACCGGGAUCGUGCGUACCUGUGUCGGCCCGAGGUGGGCUACACGCACCCGGGGCAGGGUGAGUCUGAGUCGAGUCUGAGUGAAGCCGACACGCCAGCUUCCAGCUCGCUGUCCAGCGAUUCAGACGAAAGCGGGGGUCUGGUGUGGCCCCAGCAGCUGCCCCCUCAGCUCUCCUCCCCCCCGUUGCCCUCCGCCCCGGCUGGGGUCCCCCUGCAGCCCAAAGCCUUCAUCAAGAUCAAGGCCUCACAUGCGCUCAAAAAGAAGAUCCUGCGCUUCCGCACGGGCUCCCUCAAAAUCAUGACCACCGUUUAG